UUCGAGAGCCAAUUCGAGAGCCAACUCUCAAUCUGCGGCUCCGUCAAAUACGGACCAACACGAUGGACUUACUCGAACGCCCUCUCCAACCUUUCCUCCCUUAACUGGGCAGGUCCCUGACUUCAGUCCAGAUGCGUCAAUGAUACUUGUUGGUAUGCGUGGAGCUGGAAAGUCGACAUUAGCUAUCAUGGCAUCCUCGGCAAUGGACCGCAAGGUCAUUGAUCUUGAGCCAGCUUUCCAAAGGUCUAUGGGUCUGUCCAGUGCCGCCUAUAAGUCCGAGCAUGGGUCUUCAGAGUGUUACAAACAGCAAGCCAAGGUCUUGCAGAGUAUUCUGCAGCGACAUUCUACUGGCUGUAUCCUUGUCUGCUCUUGGAUGGAGAGUCGCGUGCAGAGCCUCCUCCGAGAGUUUGCGGCGACCAACCCCGUUAUCCACAUUGUUCGUGAUGUUGAUGCCAUCCAAAAUCAUCUCAAGAUCCGCGACGGUACCAAGGUUCAGAGCCUACUCGAUGUUAGCAAUGCGAUCUUCAGAUCUUGCACCAACUUCGAGUUCUUCAAUGUCACAGAGAAAGCUUCCAAGUCAUCGCUUUCUCGGGAAUCAUUGACACAAAGAUCGCCCGCUCCAUAUUUAACAUUGAAGCAUGUUGAGCGACACUUCCUAAAAUUCCUGUCUCUUGUUUACCCAGCGGGCACGAUACCAUUUACAGAUUCUGCAUUCCCAUUAUCAAGGAUACCCGCGGAGGAACGCAACUUUACCUACGCUACCUCCAUCCCUCUUACAGACGUUCUCAAAGAUUCUGUUGAUGUCGAAGAGCAUGUCAUCGGAGCAGAUGUUGUGCAAAUUGUCGUCCAUGAUCUAGCUGAACAUGCCGAACAAGGCACAUUGACAUCUGAAGCCAGCGCAAAGUUGCUUGCAAACAUUACCAAAGGCAUCGGUAUUGUAAGGCGAAGCACGAUCUUACCCAUAAUCCUACAUCUCUUCCUACCUCAUACAGCAAGCGACGAAGUCUUGCGUGUCUACCUCGAUCUCGUUCACCAUUCCGUACGUCUAGCUCCAGAAAUGAUGACAGUCGAUCUUCGACUCGAAGAUGUUCACAUAUCACGCAUACUAUCUAUUCGAAAGAGAACAAAGAUGAUCGGCAAUUGUUUCAUUACCACAGAUCCUCCGUCAUGGGAAUCUCCGAUAUGGAUGUCGUGGUACAAGAAGGCCAACAAUUUGGGAUGCCAUCUUGCUAGAUUGAUACGACCUGCAGUAACUAUUGAAGACAAUUUCCGCAUUCACUACUUAAAGACAUCUGUUGCGGCUUUGCAAGGGCCUAAGAUCCCACUUAUCUCUUACAACUCUGGACCGCUGGGUCGGAAUUCCCAGGCUUUCAAUCGCAUUCUUACUGUUGUCCGACCAGAUUCGCUGGAGCGGGUGAAUCCCAGGCCCCCAAUAACACCAUCCAUUACCACGGUCGGCGCAACAGAAGCUCUCUUCUCUUCUUUCAUAUACGAUCAGAUGAAGCUUUACGUGUUCGGAGCCAAUGUGAGCUACAGUCUGUCACCCGCGAUGCACAAAGCAGCGUUAAAGGCAUGCGGGUUACCCCAUACCUAUGAGCCAGUGUCAUGCGCGUCGCUUCGAGGAAUCAAGCAUUUAAUCGAGGAUCCAGAAUUUGGUGGAGGCUCAAUUGGCCUCCCCUUCAAAGUCGAGAUCAUUACCUUGACCCAUUCUUUGAGCAAACACGCCCGGGCAAUCGGUGCUGUCAAUACGCUCAUUCCCAUCCGCUCUCUAAGUGAAGAUGGGACAAUUCCGACUGGGGCAGCUUUUUUCGAUAGCGUCAAUCGCUCCGGUCCCAUCAAGGCUCUGUACGGUGAAAAUACUGACUGGAUUGGCAUUCGCGCAUGCAUUCGUCGUGGUCUCUCUCCUGCCAACGCUGUUGUAUCUAGUACCUGUGGUCUCGUCAUUGGAGCAGGCGGCAUGGCUAGAGCUACGGUCUACGCCAUGCUUCAAGUCGGUAUCAAGAACAUCGUUAUCUAUAAUCGCACACCAAAGAAUGCCGAAAAGAUGGUGUCGCACUUUACGCAGGUCCUCGAGAGGAUGGACCAUGGCCUACUGAGCGCAGGUAGCGAACAUUCUCGCUUCCACGUCAUUGAGUCAAUAGAAGAUGCAUGGCCAGCAGAGUUUCGCCUACCGACCGUCAUUACUUCUUGCAUCCCAACACAUCGCAUUGGCAACGUCCCAGCCCCCGAACUUACCCUCCCCAACGAGUGGCUGGGUAGUCGGACAGGCGGUGUCGCAAUUGAACUGGGGUACAAGACAUUAGAUACACCAUUCCUAGCCCAAUUCCGAGCAGAGUCUCAUCGCGGUUGGGUAAGUAUGGAUGGUCUUGAUAUGUUGCCAGAGCAGGGUUUUGCCCAGUUUGAGUUGUUUACUGGUCGGAGAGCGCCGCGACGGAUCAUGAGGAGGAUGGUGUUUGAGGCAUACCCAAACGAGGAGGGCAAGUCAAAUUUUGAGGAGUUACAGCCACGGUUGCAGUCGCUUGAUGAGCAGGAAGCAUGAUAAUGAAUUGAAGUUUGAGUAAUAUAUUGAAUGGCUC